UUUUCCCAGUCGCUGCUCUGUAAAUAAUCUCGUAUUUCUUAUUUCUACUCUUUUCAAAGUUCCUUCUUCCUUGAUUCUCAGGGCUUCCUUAAACUCAAACCUAAAUCUACCUGCUUUGUUGCAAGUAAAAAUGGGAGAGAGUUCAAGCUUCCAAAUGGGUGUUAUUGCUGCCCUGUUUCUGUCAGUUGCAUCAUCUGUCUCCAUUGUCAUCUGCAACAAAGCUUUGAUGAGCAAUCUUGGCUUCCCUUUCGCCACAACGCUCACAAGCUGGCAUCUGAUGGUAACGUUUUGCACCCUCCAUGCGGCGCAACGCUUCAACCUGUUCGAGAAUAAACCGAUAGACAUGAAGACUGUGGUGCUCUUUGGCAUCCUAAAUGGCGUUUCCAUCGGCCUUCUCAACUUGAGCCUUGGGUUCAACUCCAUUGGCUUCUACCAGAUGACUAAACUUGCAAUCAUACCAUUCACUGUGUUACUGGAGACCAUCUUCCUAAACAAGCAAUUCAGCCAAAAGAUAAAGAUGUCACUCUUCCUUUUACUGGUUGGAGUUGGCAUUGCCUCUAUCACUGAUGUCCAACUCAACUUUGUUGGCACAAUCCUUUCUCUCCUUGCCAUCGCCACAACAUGUGUUGGCCAAAUCCUGACGAACACCAUACAGAAGAGGCUGAAUGUAUCUUCAACCCAGUUGCUGUACCAAUCAGCCCCGUUUCAAGCAGCCAUUCUUUUUGUCUCGGGUCCUAUGGUCGACCAGUUCCUGACCAAACAAAAUGUCUUUGCUUUCAAAUAUUCCCCUAUUGUCUUGGGAUUUAUCAUCCUUUCUUGCAUAAUCUCGGUAUCUGUAAACUUCAGCACAUUUCUGGUUAUAGGCAAGACAUCACCGGUGACAUAUCAAGUUCUAGGCCACCUCAAGACUUGCUUAGUCCUUGCCUUUGGGUAUACACUGUUGCAUGACCCUUUCACCGAGAGGAACAUCAUUGGGAUCUUGAUUGCCAUGUUUGGGAUGGGCUUGUAUUCUUAUUUUUGCACCCAAGAGAACAAGAAGAAACAAGCUGAUCCAUUAGGGUCUCAGAUGAAAGAUAAGGAUGGAACAGUAUAUCUGGGUCUAGAGAAAGAAUGCCAAGAAGUGAAAAUUCCAGACAAGGAUCCUCAAGUUUAAGACAAAAACAGAAGUGGGUUUUGUUACAGAGAAACUUUUUUUUGUGUUCUUACAAACAUUCUGUACACCUCAAUUCUUUAAAUAAACCCACUCAAUUGAUCUUCCA